AUAGCGCCCCUCCCAUUUAAUUCCAGAUAUGUCACACUCGGAGCACUCCUCGGCACUCCUGUUGUAAACUUAUAAUCAGUUUAAUCACAGUUAUUAGCCACUAGACAAAUUAUGUCUAAGGAGUCUUUUGGCUAUUGUAAGAAGUGUAAAACACCUUUUUCUUCCAAAAAAGAAAGUCUUUGUGGUAAAUGUAAGACUCGCAGACAGAAACAAUGUGUAUUGUGUGAAGUUUCAUUACCGUUUGAUUCUCAAAAAUGUAAGAAUUGCUCUGCUCCACAAGAUAAAAGCAUUUUUGAACAGACUCCUUUAAAAGAAUGUUCGUGUGGAGCAUCUCUUUUGCUGUCCUCAGAAGUUUGCUAUAGUUGCGAUUCACCUCAAGAAGUUGAAGAUGUUCGAUCACAGCCACCUCCAAAACCACCAGACACGUCUGCAUCUCAACCAACUGAUCAAAACCACCCUCUAACCUCUAAUGCUAAUUUUGAUGAAUCUGUUUCUGAUAUUGAGCAGGUGACUCCUGUUGAAGAAUCCAGGGAAAAGUUAAAUAACCAGUCGUUAGUUGUGACUACUAUAUCAAGUGAACAGGAAACUAUGCCAAUCAAUGUUUCUAUUGUAGGAAGCGCUGAGCUUGCAUGUGACAAAAAAAUAGGUCAUAAUGAUGAAAUGAAAAGCAGUCAAGAACAUUCAAAACAAGAUGAUAGUCAGCAUGGUAGUCAAAGCGAUUCCCAGUUAAUGACAAGUGCCACGUCAUCUCCUUCGCUUGAAAUUAGUGGCAAAAAAGUGGACCAACCUUCUAAUGAAGAAAGUUCAAGUAUUAAAGCACCAAAAGAUGACUUAAAUAAUGAAGCUGCUCAACAACCUAAGCUGUCAGAUUCACCUAUAGAAAAACCUUUAGAACAAGAAAUUGUUCGGGUAUGUGUGUCAUCUGAUGCAUGUAGUACACAUACUGCUACCAUUGCUCAUGUGACCUCACCAUUUAGUGCUGGUACCCAGCCAAAGGAACUCUCCUUGACUGGUACUUGUUUGUCCUUUCCUUAUCAUCAAGCUGAAGAAGAAGCAUCUAAACAGUCUAAAAAUGAACUGGUAUCAAAUAAUUUGACUGCUAAACCAGAUCAAUUCCCUUCAUUGUCUUCUUCUGACUCAGCCUUUCAACCAUCAAGCACACCAUCUUAUUUUGACUCAUUUUCUACUACACAUACAUCAACAUCAUCCACUACAACAACUUCAAUUCACUCCAGCAGUACCUUUUCUGCUCCUGGUUUAUCUACUCCUGUGCCUCAUUCAGCUAUCCCAUUAUCUACAUGUUUAGAUGACCAAGUUGAUUCAACUAAAGGUGCAUCUAAAGAAGAAUGCAAAACUAAAGACAGCAACCAUAGUGACAAGAUGCUGUCUCUUCCUAACUCUCAGAUAUUUGGUCCACAGUCAAAAAAAUGCCUUGAUACUAAUCCCCAAACACUUACAAAAAAGUCUGAAGGUGAUUCACUUGUAGUUAAAGAUAAGCCUAAUUCUGAUGGCUCUUCAGAGACAUCUGAUGCUAAUCACAAUACCACCAAAUCCAACACAAAUAAAAAUUUGGAAAAAGAUAAUGAUGAAUACAGUAUGGCUUCAGCAUCACCAGAUUUGAGUAUCAAUUUAAGGAAGAAUCCUAAACACAAUAAAGAACACUUGCCUGGCAACAGUGGUGGAUUAGAUUCACAGGAAGAGCAUUCGAAACAUCAAGAAGAGCAUUUAAAGGGCAGUGAAGGAAAGACUCUUGUGCCAUAUCAAAAAUCUGCAGUAGAUGACUCUGCUCUUUUUGCUGGAAAGAGUUCUAGUGGUAAGACUGCUAAGACUUUGAAGCAGAACAGUAGUGUCACUACUAACACAUCAGCAAGAAUAACGUCAGCCUUGUAG